GGUUGAAGCUAAGAAGGAACAUGAAGGAGCUGUGUUACUGCUAGAGAACACCUUGGACAGCAUGCAGGCCAAGGUGCGAGAGUUAGAGGAGAAAUGUCGAAAUCAGAGCGAGCAGUUCAGUCUGCUCUCCAGGGAGUUGGAGACUUUUCGUCAGAGUGCUGGUAACAUUGACCUGCUCAGCUGCCCGGCCUCACAGAGGGAGAGAGCUGGCAAGACCCAGCCUCCACUGAUGAACGGACUAGCCACAGUGCUUCCUAAAGGCACUGAAAGUCCAUCUGGGAGCAGAUCGGUGAUCUCCGAAUAUACCCGGCCCCUUCAGUCAUCCGGUGGGAAGUCAGAGUUGCUGUCUGCCAAGCCAACCCUCCUGUCUCAAUCCACACUGGGCAGCCCAAGGCAUAGCCAGCUCCCUGAGAUGGAUGUUGAAGCAGACAGUUCUAACCCCAAAAUGAGGUACACAGGAAAGGUGCAUUUGUGUGUAGCCCGGUACAGUUACAACCCAUAUGAGGGACCCAAUGAGAAUCCAGAAGCAGAGCUCCCCCUCAAGGCUGGGAAAUACCUCUAUGUGUACGGAGACAUGGACGAGGAUGGUUUUUAUGAAGGUGAACUGAUGAAUGGACAAAGAGGACUGGUCCCCUCCAACUUUGUCGCUCUGUUACAGGACGAGGAGCUGUUCCUGCUCCAUUCUGUGGACACGGAGAUGGACAAUAAUCUACUCAAUUCGGACCUGGGUCUCCAUCUCCACGGUGACAGUGUGCUGCAGGAUAGCAAGUCAGACAGCCUGCUCCCCAGUCAAACAGAGAGCACCUUCUAUAAGAAUGGCACAGGCACACUGGACAUAAACAUUGAUGAAAUUGGUGAAGAUACUGUGCCUUACCCCAGGAGAAUUAACCUGAUUAAACAGCUUGCCAAAAGUGUGAUUGUAGGAUGGGAUCCACCAGUUGUCCCUCCCGGAUGGGGAGCUGUGAGUAGCUACAAUGUUCUCGUCGAUAAGGACGUGAGGAGUAACGUCCCCUCGGGAGGGAGAACCAAGGCUCUGAUCGAGAAACUCAACUUGGCCAAUGUCACCUACCGUAUCUCGGUGCAGAGUGUGUCUGAGCGCGGCCUCUCUGAUGAGCUGAGGUGUACCAUGUUGGUCGGGAAAGACGUGUGUGUAGCCCCUUCUCACCUGAAGGUGGAGACCAUCUCGCAGACGUCAACCAAGGUCUCCUGGUUGCCGAGCAACAGCAACUACAGUCACAUGAUCUUCCUCAAUGAGGAAGAGUAUGACGUGGUGAAGGCGGGGAGUUACAAAUACCAGUUCUUUAAUCUGAAACCCUGUAUGGUCUGUAAGGUCAAAGUCAUGGCCCAGCCUCACCAGGUACCAUGGCAACUGCCACUGGAGCAGCGAGAGAAGAAGCAGAGCCUGGUGGAGUUCUGUACACUGCCUGCAGGUCCCCCAGCACCCCCUCAGGAUGUCAUGGUCCAUGUAGGAUCAACCCCAGGAACCAUUCAGAUCAGCUGGAAGCCACCACUGCUGAGCUUGGCAGGAACUUCAAAUGGAGCCAAGGUUACUGGCUACAGUGUAUGUGCAAAAGGUCAAAAGGUAACUAGCCAAUAA